AUUAGCUUAACGUUGUAUCCAACACCAGCCUCAGAUCAGCUCGAUCAGUCCCCAUUUUUUGCUGUGUCUUGUCUUCAUAGACAAACAAACCAAAUAUUCUUUAUUGAUAAUUUUGAUGGAAAACGAAUUUGGUGUGGAUGGCGAUGAGUUUAAUCUGAAUGAGCUGAUAAGCGAGUUAUUACAGGGAAGAGACGCUGCUAACCGCCUCCAGAUGUGCCUGAAUAAUGCACCAUUAUUGCCGUCAUCGUCGUCGUCUUCCCAAGAUUGGAUCUGUGAAGUUCUGGCAAAUAAAGUCCAGGCUUCGUUGGAUAAUGCGCUUUGCAUGUUAAACCAUGCGGGACGAAAUGAAUCUUCUGAUAGCGACCGUGAAGUUAGAGACGCUACUUCUGGCAGAAGGAGAAAAGCCGCGGUUUGGACAGACCAAGUUCAAGUCAGUCCUGGUGAAGGCCUUGAAGAAGCCCAUGACGAUGGCUAUAAUUGGAGAAAGUACGGCCAGAAAAAAAUUCUCGGAGCCCAAUUUCCCAAAGGCUAUUACAGAUGCAGUCAUCUUCAUUCCCAAAAAUGUUUAGCCAAAAAGGAAAUCCAGAAAUCGGACGAAGACCCCACCGUUUUUAACGUCCGUUAUCGAGGAACUCAUACUUGUAACAACAACCCAAGUCCUCGACCACUUGACAAUGAAGAACCCCCCGCCCCCAGCACGCUACAGAUUCAGCAGGAGCAAAAUCUUUUGAAUUUACAAAGGAAUCUCAAAAUCAAAACUGACAAUAUAGAGCCCAGUAGCCAUAGCCAUGGCAACCCAUUUCCUUCUUCUCAUGAUUUUGCAGCUUCAACCUCAGGGGUCAUUAAGGUUGGUGAGAUCCACUGCGGUUUCCCGCAGCCGCUAACAAACAGUUUCGUAGCAAAUGUUUCGCCUUCUUUCGUGUCACCCGCCACGUCUGGAUCGAGCUGUUUUACAGUGUCACCUACUACACCCCACGUGGAAAACCUUGGAGGCGGAGGGGGACAAUUUGUGCCGACCACGACCACCUCGGACCUUCAAAUGAUAAUGGAGAUUCCUACGUCAACGUCAGGAACAAAUACCCCAAUUGUCGGCAUGGGAUUCCCGUUCGAUGCUACAAUGGCUUUUGACUUCAAUUUCACUUUCGAUAAUAAUAAUGAUAAUGAUCCUGCGGGAUUCUUUGACUAGGAUUCCCUUCAACCCACCACAGGCCAUCCUAUCCGAUCCUUGGCGCCAAAAAGUGCAUCCCAGAGGAUAUAAACGCUAGCUUGGGAGCAUUCUAGUAUAUGCAUGGCUGGUCAAGAAAAUUUUGGCAUUAUAUUAAUUAAGAUUCCCUUAUCUGAGUUUUGGUUGGUUAGCUUGAGAUCGAAUUUCAAUUCCUAGGUCUCUUUCACAUUGGAUUUUUGUCGUACGUGUUUCUUUUUCUUUUUUGUAUUUUAUUUUCUAGUGCUGUUGUAUUAGUUUGUCUAUCAAAUUGUGAUAAUAAAUUACUGCCGUUCAUCAA